UGGGCGGCGGCGCUGCCGGCCGGGGGGCAGCUGCCGGCGUCGCAGUACAACGGCGAGCGGGGCAUCUCCAUCCCUGACCACGGCUACUGCCAGCCCAUCUCCAUCCCUCUCUGCACCGACAUCGCCUACAACCAGACCAUCAUGCCCAACCUGCUGGGCCACACCAACCAAGAGGACGCGGGGCUGGAGGUGCACCAGUUCUACCCGCUGGUGAAGGUGCAGUGUUCGGCCGAGCUCAAGUUCUUCCUGUGCUCCAUGUACGCGCCGGUGUGCACCGUGCUGGAGCAGGCCCUGCCGCCCUGCCGCUCCCUCUGCGAGCGGGCCCGCCAGGGCUGCGAGGCCCUCAUGAACAAGUUCGGCUUCCAGUGGCCCGACACGCUGCGCUGCGAAAAGUUCCCGGUGCACGGGGCUGGCGAGCUCUGCGUGGGGCAGAACGCCUCGGAGCGCGGCACCCCCACGCCCGCCCUGCGCCCCGAGAGCUGGACCAGCAACCCGCACCGCGGGGGCGCCG